GGAGGACGCAAUCGCUCGUCUUAACCUUUGUGGCGGGGAGGCUGCGGGAGAGUCUGGCGGGGGGGAGAUCCCGACGUAUCCCGGAUACACGAAGUGGAAGCCAUUUGUAUGUCUUCACAUACAGCCAAAGUAUCUCCGCUAAAGUGAACUGAAGUCACUCCGGUGGGAACAGAAACCAUCCUCUGGAUGAAAAGGCUUUUUGAGAUCUAAAACAUUUCUUUGAGUUACUCUGGAGACAGAGACAGAAUGGAGACACAACUUUUAGCAAGAAGGGUCCGUGUCCUAUGAGGAAGUGGCUGUGUAUUUCUCGGAGGAGGAGUGGUCUCAGCUGGAUCCUGACCAAAAAGCGCUGUAUUUGGAAGUCAUGCGGGAAAAUCAUAGGAACGUUGCCGCUCUCGGCGAUGAUGGGCAGGAGAAUAAAGAUUCCUAUGAACCAUUACAAGGGAUAACUGGUGAAGAGAGAAUGGAGACAUCUGCAGUUGGAAUAGAAGUGGAAAGAUGUGAGAAAAACCAGCCUGACAAUUGGAAUCAGGAAAGCUCCUCUUCCGUUGAUGCUCCAGUGCAAGACUUUGUGGUCCAACAAGGGAAAAUAAAGGAAUAUUUUGGGGAAAGUGUUAAGCAGAUCAAAGACCAAUUAGAUGCAAAUGGACGCUAUCCAUACCAAACUAAUGGAGAAGAAAUGGAGGAUUACAUUUCUAAACUAAAAAGGUUUUCUAAACUGGACUAUCAAUCAAAGAAGGAGGUAAUAAUUAAAGGAAGACCAACGCCGGAGCUAAAGGGCCUGCUUCAGAGGAAUAGACAGAUUACCCGCUGUUUCCAAACGGAGUGGUACACACGAAAAGGCUGGCUGUGUGGAUGUUCAGUAAGAAACCGCCUUUUCUGCUUUCCCUGCCUUCUUUUCUCAACUUGCGGCAAUGUCUGGACUCAGAUGGGAUAUUGUGACCUGAAGAAUUUGCAAAGAAGCCUCAUCAAACAUGAGCAGUCGACCACCCACAUACAUAGUCAGAUCUCGCUAAAAACGUUCAGCGUGCCCAGGAUAGACAUAGCUUUAGAUGAACAACGCAGACUCAAUAUCAACAUCCACAAUGCUAAGGUAAAGGAAAACCGAGACAUUUUAAAAGAUCUCAUCGAUGUCACCUGCUUCCUCGCCAAACAACAGCUGGCAUUUCAUGGAAAUGAUGAAAGUACAGACUCUACCAAUCGUGGAAACUUUGUUGAACUCUUACAUGCUUUUGCUGAGAAAGAUGACAGGCUAGCUAAACAUUUGAAAACAUCCACUGUAUUUUCCGACUUGUCAAACAGAAUACAGAAUGAUUUAAUUGAAGCAGUCAGUGAUGUCAUUAGAAAUGACAUUAAAAAAGAGAUCAGUGCAACUCCAUUUGUUGCUGUAGAAGUAGACGAGACCACAGAUGUCACAAACCAAGCUCGGAUUUCUGUCAUACUACGGUAUGUGGCUAUGGCUGAUGCCAAAUGUGAGGUGAAGGAGGCGUUUUUGGGAUUUGAUGAUUUGAGUGAGGACAUACGGGCUCCCGCAAUUGCUGAGUAUAUCCUGAGAGUGUUGGAGAAGUAUGACUGUGUUGGAAAGCUUGUAGCUCAGACCUAUGAUGGGGCCGCUGUAAUGGCAUCAGAACUUAAUGGCGUGCAAGCUAAAAUAAAAGAAAAAGUGCCCGAAGCCAUGUUCACACACUGUUAUGCACAUAAGCUGAACUUGGUGCUUUUGCAUUCAGCAAAGUGCAUGCCGGAGAGUCGCACAUUUUUUAAAACAGCUGAGGGGCUAGCGUCAUUUUUCAGCAAGUCCACAAAGCGCACUCACUUGCUGGAUGAUGUUGUUAAGCGCCGUUUACCCAGAGCAGCGCCCACAAGAUGGAGUUCUACCUCUAGGCUGGUGCAGACAAUAAGCAUGCACCAAAAUGAUCUACGCGCGUUAUUUCAUGUCAUUCUAGAAAAUCCUGACAACUGGGACAAUGACACACUAAUGAUGGCAGUAGGAUACGAUCAGUGGCUGUCAAAACCGUCAACAUGCUUUCUCCUUAUGGCAUAUGAGGACAUUUUCAAUGAAACUGAUAUACUUUUUAAAGUACUGCAAAACCAAGUGAUGGACAUUGAAUAUUGUCUUGCACGUAUCCGCGACACCUUUACAGCUCUUGAGCGCAUGAAACUCGAGUUCAACAGUUUAUAUGACCGAUUUGAGAAGAAAUGCAGCUCACUUGGCCUGACAGGGACUGGAUGUAGAGAGUCGGUUAUAUCUGAACAAAAACGAGUGUUUUGUAACAUUUUGGAGAACAUAAGCCAUCAAAUGCAGGCUAGGUUUGAUCAUUUUGGUGAGUUGACUUUCCUUGGUUUGGUGGAUUGCGCAAAAUUUAGUGAAAUGUCCCGACGUUUUGAUGACACGAAACUGCAGAGCCUUUCAAAAUAUGCCAGAUUUUUUGACUUUGUAAAACUGAAGGCGGAUCUCGUUGGACUAUACAGCUCACCAGUGAUCAGGGAUACAUGUAAAUCUCCUGCACAGCUUCUUAGCUUUUUGGCCCAGAAAGAUCUCAUUCAGACUGUUCCUCAGGCCACAAAGUUGCUCCAGCUUGUGCUCACUGUUCCAGCUAUGACAGUAUCGGUGGAGCGGUCAUUCUCAGCACUGAAGAGACUAAAAACAUACAGUCGGAACAAGACUAAUCAAGGACAACAUUCUUCCCUGGCCGUGAUCGCCAUUGAGACAGAGAGACUUUUUAAAUUAAAAGAAGAUAAGGAAAAAUUCUACCAGCAAGUCAUAGAUGCUUUUGUUGAGAAGGAGCGGCGGAUAGACUUCAUUUAUAAGUAAUGGUAAUAAUGUGCAGGAGAAUUAAGAUUCCUGUGAACUGUUCCAAGUGAUCAAUGCUGGAGAUAGAAUGGAGAAGUCUGCAAUUCAAAAGGCAGUAGAAAGACACGAAAGAAACCAGUUAAAUAACAGGAACCAGGAAAGCUCAACAAUAGACAACAAUAGUUCAUGGGAAGCAAGGUAAUCUGAACAGGUGGUGGCCAAAGAUUACGGGAGACACCAGUGAGACACCAGAACACCUAAUUGGACACUGUGACCUGCGACAAUAAGGGAGUAAUGAUGGGCAGGAGAAUAAAGAUUCCGGUGAACCGUUUCAAGUGAUCAUUGCUGGAGACAGAAUGGAGACAUCUGCAAUUGGAAUGGAAAUAGAAAGAGAUGAGAAAAACCAGCCUGACAGCUGGAAUUAGGAAAGUUCAAGUGUGAAGCAUAUCAAAGAUGAAUUACAUGUAAAUGGAUGCUAUCCAGCCCAAAUUAACCAAGAAGGUAACAUAUUCAGAGACAAUGAAAAAAAAUAUAAUUGGACAUUCAAUCUGUCUCAUAGAAAUAGGUCACUUACAUCACAGAAUAAGAUCUACACAGAAGAGAAGCAAUCUAAAAGUUGGGAAUGUGGAAAGAGAUUCCAAAAGACUAGUCAACUUACUUCCCAUAACUGGAUCCACACAGUGGAGAAGCCAUAUAAAUGCAGAGUGUGUGGCAGAUGCUUCAGGAAAUGCAGAUAUCUUACAUCUCAUAAAAGGAUCCAAUCAGGGAUGAAGCACUAUCAAUGCAGGGAUUGUGGGAAGACUUUUAUUUAUCAUAGUCAACUUGCUUCCCAUAAAAUAAUCCACACAAAGGAGAAGCCAUAUGAAUGCAGAGAAUGUGGCAUAAGCUUCAAGAAAAGCAGUUAUGUUACUUCCCAUAAAAGAAUCCACACAGGGGAAACACCCUAUCAAUGUAUGGAGUGUGGAAAGAGUUUUAGGUCAAGUCAUCAACGUACUUCACAUUACUGGAUCCAUACCAGUCAGAAGCCAUAUAAAUGCAUGGAAUGUGGAAAGACGUUUGCUUGGAAUAGUUCUCUUACUUUACAUAAAAGGAUCCACACAGGGGAGAAGCUGUAUACAUGCAUGGAGUGUGGAAAGACUUUUGCUCGGAACAGUCAACUAACAUUGCAUAAGAUGAACCACACAGGGGAGAAACCCUAUAAAUGCAUGAAAUGUGGAAAAGGCUUCAAAUCAAAUGGUGAUCUUACUUUCCAUAAAAAGAUCUACUCAGGGGAGACACCAUAUAAAUGCACAGAUUGUGGAAAGGGUUUCUGUGUAAAUGCAUCACUUAUAAAACAUCAAAGGAUCCACACAAGGGAAAAGCCAUAUAAAUGCAUGGAGUGUGGAAAGACCUUUGCUCAGAGCAGUUAUCUAUUUUCCCAUAAGAAGACACAUACACAGGAGAAAUCAUAUAAGUGUAUGGAAUGUGGAAGAUGCUUUAUGUCAAAUGGUGGUCUUCAGACCCAUAAAAGGAUCCACACAAGGGAGAAACCAUAUAGGUGCAUUGAGUGUGGAAGGGUCUUUACAUCACAUAGUCAUUUUAAGAUCCAUAAAAUGAUUCACACAGAGGAGACACCAUAUAAAUGCAUGGAUUGUGGAAGGGGCUUCAUGUCACAAAAGUCUCUUAGGAUCCAUGAAAGAAUCCACCUAGGGGUGAAACCAUAUAAAUGUAUGGAGUGUGAAAAGGCCUUUGCUCGGAGAAGUACUCUUACUUUCCAUAAGAGAAUUCAUUCAGGGGAGAAACCUUAUAAAUAAUGUAUGGAGUGUGGAAAUAAAUUUGCCCAGAGCCAUCAACUUAAUCACCAUAACAGAAUCCACAUGGGAGAAACUGUACAAAUGCAUAGCAUGUUGAAAUGAUCUUACUUUACAUAACAAGAUCUACAAAUUCCAAAGUGGCCAAAUGUUGAUCAUAUUGU